CUUGAAAUACACGGGAAAUUGCUCGGCUUCGAAGCGAUACUCCAAACACACAGAAGCAAACCCCGCGACCAUCAUCCACACCAUCUACGAUAUCAUCAACCAUAGACAGUGCAUCUCGUUGUAUCAAAGCUUUUUUCUGUAACCUAAGCGGGCUUGACACACUGAAGAGCGCCAUUGCGUGUCAGCCUGGAGACAAUUACAUAGCACCGCAUAGCUCACAAUCAAAUGGACGAGGAGGGCAGCGCGACUGCGCGAGCAAAAAUGAUGCCACAAACGCUGGUGCUAGACCAUGUGUCACCAGCAACGCGCCUGCUGGAGAAGCGGCGACAAAUGUUCGAGGUGCAGGAGGCGCUUGAAGCCCAGAAGCAGGACUUCAAUCGCAAAGAGGAGGUCUUCAAACGGCGAGAGGAAGCUCUGAAACUAAAGGAUUUGGAGCUGCAAGAGUCCCUAAUCCGUUUCAGCAAGUUCCUUCAAGAGAACGAUUCCAAGCGGGCACGAGCAGAGAAGAAAGCAAACGAUGAGAUUAAAGCACGUAUCCAGAAGGAGAAGGAGAUUGAGCAACUUACAGAGGUGCUGGAGGAGCUGAAGUCUGAGAAGGAGCGCAUCCUUGAAGUGCUCGAAAAGAACAUGCGGUACCAGCACUACCUGGAGAGCGUGCUGGAGGUGGCGGAUGAGUAUCAGGAGGUGGCUGACCUGUUGCUGCGGCACGCUACACUGUCUGCCACCAACGCAGACCUGAAGGACCACCAGCGCAAAUGCAGCGAGCUGGCGGAGAAGGUGCGGACGGAGCUGCAGAUCUACGUGAAGCAGAAGACGGACGAAAUCCUAAACCUCAACAACCAGGUGGCCAAGCUGAAGACGGAGCUGGAGGGCUACGAGGCGGAGGCCAUGGUGCAGGAGGCCAAAAAGGACUCGAGCUUGCAGAUUGCCAGCCAGCGCACGCUGGAGUACGGGCAGGUCGUGCUGUCCGCAGACAACAUCUUCAACCGCUGCCGCUCCAAGUCCUCCAUCGGCCACCCCGCCGAGUCCAACCCACUGCACCAACUGGAUGUCAUCGGCAACUUCGUGUCCGACUUGGGCUCCAUCAUCAAGCAGUUCAAGCAGGAGCAGGCCAAGCGUGCGUCGCUGGCGUCGCGCGCGGAGAUUGAGUAAUAUGAAUUAGGAAGGCUAGAUGCACGAAGUUAAGGCGCAGGAGGAGAUGAGGUGCAGGUAGUGCCACUGCGCUAAGCAGCGGUGUUGGGGCGCGGGGGGUGUGGUGAUACUGGCACAGAUGGACGCGUGUGUACCGCUGCGAGGUGUUCAUUGUGCCGCACUCCUGCCUCAGUGCGAGACUGUGAGGUGUGCCGUAUGUGUGUGCAUGCCGUGUGGCCGCGUGGGGCGCGCUGAGGCGGUGGUGGUCCAGUGUCUCAAUGAUUUGGGUUGUGAUAUUGUGUGUUAGCACUGAGCAGGUUGGGUUUAGGGUGUAGUAGGUCAGACCAGGUAGGACAGGCACUCCGGUAGGUCGUAGGCACUCUAGGUGCUUUCUCUAAGCUGUGGGCUGCAUGGUGCAUCUGGUUUUAACCGUGCAUGACUGCAUGGCGAUAAGAAAGGCCUCGGGAUGUCGGGGCGCUCAUCAGG